AUGGACUGGUACUCCUGGUUAUCCAAAACUGGCCUUCACCCCUCACUUGUCUAUACCUAUGGCUUUGCCUUCUCUGGGAAUGAGCUCCAAAAGGGUUUAGCUUACCUCAACCAUGAGUUUCUUCAGAGCAUGGGCAUUUCCGUUGCCAAGCAUAGGCUGGAGAUUCUCAAGCUUGCUAGGAAGGAAAUCAGUGAGACCUCUAAUGGUCAGUCCAAGUUAAUUUCGGCAGUCAACAAAAUCAGGAAGUACUCAAAAUAUGUUAACAAGUUGGUUCACCAAGAGAACAACACGACAACAAAGGCACUUCCGGCGCCGGCGCCGGUUUCUUAUAGAGAAAAGUGGAGAGAAGCAUUGUCAAAGAAGGAUAUGAAGAUAGAACACCCACUGCUGAGAACCAGGAGGACAAUGGCGAAAUCUGGUCCCUUGGAUUAUAGAGGACAAGAGAAAUUGCUGGUCACUCCUAGGAGCUUGAAAUUAUGA